AUGUCGACGGCGAACGGUGCACGGCGGUGGAGCGCCGCGCCGAGGGCAUCCACGCUCCUCCUGAUCGCGUUCCUGGUGUUGUCGGGGUGCUUCGCGGGAUUUAGUGAUGCCGCCAGGGUGAAGCAGGAGGAUACGCCGGCUCCUCGUGGCGCCGGUGCCAGGAGUGCAGCCCCCAAGGAGGCCGAACCGGUCAUCGAGGAGGUCACAGCGAAGCAGCUCGAACGGAUCCUCAACGAGAAAGACUUUGUCGCUGUGUACUGGUAUGCCAGGAGCUGCUUAACGUGUGACAAGGUCCUAGCUGAAUUAGAGAAAAUCGACGACGACACCGACAGCUUCGGUGUUGACUUCGUCAAGAUAAACGACAAGCGAUUAGCCAAGCAAUAUGGAAUCAAGAAUUUCCCGGCGCUCACUUACUUCCGCGAAAGGGAACCCAUCAUCUACGACGGUGACUUGAUGGACGAGGAGAGCGUCCUUGACUUUUUGACGAGUCUCGAGGCUAUGGAUCUUCCCGACCGGAUCGAGGAAGUCAACGCGAAGAUCCUAGAGAAAAUCGUCGAGGAUACUGAAUUCGUCGCUGUCCUUUUCUGUCCUGAUACGGAGCGGUGUGCCGGCGCCGGCUCUAACAAGCCGGACUGUAAAAAGUGUUCGAAGGCCCUUCAAGAGUUGGAAAAUAUCGACGACGAAGCCGACCAGCUGGGAAUUGGAUUCGUCAAGAUCGCAGAUGAGGAACUUGCCGAGGAGUACAACCUGGGUCCGCUGCCUGUCCUGGUCUACUACAGGCACCAGAUACCAAUAAUAUACGAACAUGAGCUGAGCAAAGAGGAAGAUGUGCUUGAAUGGCUGGUGGCUAACAAAAGCACCGGUGACGAAGAAGACGUGAUCGAAGACGUGACCGCCAAGACUCUCGGCACUCUGAUUGGAAAUAUCGACAACCUGGUCGUCCUCUUCUACGAUCACGGAGACGAGGAUUCGAUGCAGGUGCUGAACGAGCUCGAGAAAAUCGACGACGACUGCGACAAGCACGGAAUUCAAUUCGUGAAGAUCGACGACGAAAAGGCCGCCAAGGAGUUCGGAAUCGAUUCCGUACCUGCCAUCGUUUACUUCGAGAAGGAAAUUCCAAAUGUCUACGAUGGUGACGUGGAGAACGAGGAUGAGAUCCUGGAGUGGCUCCUGGCUCAGCUGGAGAAGGACGAGAUCGAGGACGUCACCGAUGAGAUGCUGGAUCGUCUUAUUAAACAAGGAAACACCAUGGCCGUGCUUUUUUACGACAACAACGACCGGAAGUCUCAGCGAGUGCUCAAUGAGCUGGAGAACAUUGACGACGAGUGCGAUCAGCUGGGCAUCGUCUUCGUCAAGAUCGACAACAUGGAGGAGGCUAAGGAAUACGGUAUAGAGAGGAUUCCCAGUCUGCUCUACUUCGAGAGGGGCAUACCGACCCUUUACGAGGGCAACCUGGAAGAGGAGGAGAAGGUGCUCAAGUGGCUGGAGCAUCAGCAGAAGAACGAUGAGAUCGAAGACAUCACGGAUGAGAUGCUGGACAUGGUCAUUGAGAAAAUGCCACACGUUGCUGUGCUGUUCUAUGACAAGGAUCAGAAGAAGAGCCAGAAGAUUCUGGCUGAACUGGAGAACAUCGAUGACGACUGCGAUCAGCACAACAUUGCCUUUGUCAAGAUCGAUGACGACGAGGAAGCUAAGGAAUAUGGCAUCGAUAGUAUUCCAACGUUGGUAUUUUUCGAAAAGAGAAUACCGCAUGUUUACGAUGGCGAUCUCAUGAACGAGGAUCAACUUCUGGGGUGGCUUCUGCAUCAAAAGAAGCACAGCGAAAUUCCGGAAGUAACCGAUGAAAUGAUGGAAAAACUUAUAGACAGUACGGAAUUCUUGGCGGUUCUUUUUUACGACAAGGACGACAAGCAGGACAUACGUAUCCUUAAUGAACUCGAGAACAUCGACGACGAGUUGGAGAAGGAAGGCAUCGUCAUUGUCCGAAUGGAUAAUGACGCCGAAGCCAAAGAAUUUGGAAUCGAUCAUCUGCCGACGCUCGUUUACUUCGAGGAAAAGAUCCCCGCGAUCUACGAAGGCGAUCUACUCAACGAAGACGAGGUCCUGAAGUGGCUGAUCGAGCAGAAGAACACCGCGACGAUCGAGGAAGUCACGGAUGAGAUCCUGGUGGACCUGAUCGAGGAACACGAAUACGUCGUCGUAUACUUCAGCGGCAAUUGCGACGAAGGCGACGAGUGCGACAACAUCUUGCGGGAACUGGAGAACAUCGAUGACGAACUGGACGAGACCGGAAUCAUCUUCGUGACGACCGAAGACACGGGGGUCGCCAAGAAGCACGGGAUCAAGACCUUCCCCACGUUGGCCUUCUUCAGGAACAAGGAGCCACUGAUCUACAGUGGUGACAUCGAGGACGAGGACGAGGUCCUCUCUUGGCUGACGGACGAGAACACUCUUGAGAUUCCUGGAAAGAUCGAAGAGGUCAACAGCAGGAUGCUGGAGAACAUUUUGGACGAGAACGACCACGUGGUCGUGUUUUUCUACAAGGAGGGCGACAAGAAGAGUCAGAAGAUCCUGCAGGAACUGGAGAACAUCGACGACGAGUGCGAGGAGAAGGACAUUGACUUCGUGAAGAUCUCCGACGAGGGUAUCGAGAAGGAGUACGAUCUUCCGAGUCUUCCGGCACUCGCAUUUUACAGGCACAAGUUCAGGCAGAUUUACACCGGCGACAUGAUGCACGAGGAGGCCAUCCUGGACUGGGUCCUCGAUCUUCACAGUUCCACUCCCGACGUAAUCGAGAACGUCGACCGGAAGACCCUUCAGGUCCUCAUCAAUGACGUCGAACAUCUUGCUGUAUUUUUCUACGAUGACAAGUGCGAAUCCUGUUCUGAGAUUCUCGAGGAACUCGAGACCAUCGACGACGACACCGAUAAGCACGGAAUACAAUUCGUUAAGUCAAAGGACGCAAAGCUGGCGGCCGAGAUCGGCAUUUUCUCAUUCCCAGCCCUCGUUUACUACGAGACUGGUGUCCCCAUCAUGUACGACGGUAAUCUGCUCGAUGAGACGGAAGUCCUGGACUGGAUGGUAAAGCAGAAGAACGACGCGAGCAUCGAGAAGAUCGAUCGGGACACCCUGACCAAGUACAUAGAGACCAAGGAGUUCCUGGCCGUCGUAUUCUACAAGGAAGAGGAUCCAGAGAGUCCCAGAGUGCUGCGGCACAUCGAGCUGAUCGAUGACGAAGCCGCCGAGUACGGGAUCAAGAUUGUUCAGAUGAGCGACCGACUGAUGGCUAAGAAGUAUGGCUUCCGUAAUCCUCCAGGCAUCACCUACUUCCGGAAGGGCAAGUACAUCAAUUACGACGGCGACAUCGACGACGAGGAAGAGAUCCUCGACUGGUUGACCAAUCCGGAAAACAUGGAGCUCACCGAUCACAUCGAGAGGAUCAACAGGAAGAUGUUCCACAAGAUUAGGCAGACUUCCGAUUACGUGGCCGUUUUCUUCUACAGCAACGACUGCAAACAGUGCACCCGAGUCCUGGCCGAGAUCGAGCACAUAGACGACGAGGCCGACGGAGCUGGGAUCAACUUCGUAAAGAUAGACGACAAGCAGCUGGCCAAGCAAUACGGCGUCUUCGCUCUGCCCGGAAUCCUCUUCUUCAAAAUGGGCUCGAAGGAGCCUGUCAUUUACGCCGGUGACCUCUACGACGAGGAACAAAUCCUUCAGUGGCUUCUUACCCAAAAAGAUCCUUCCGGCGAGGUAAUCGAGGCUCUGGAAGGCGAAGACCUUCUGCAUCUUAUUCGGGAGUCGGACUCCUUGGCAGUCUACUUCUGGAACAGAACGCUUUGCGACAUGUGCCAAUCGAAAGCGUUCCGCAAGCAGAUGCGUCACAAGCAGGAGCAGCGGAUGGCGGAGGCUGAGGUGGCCGAAGACGUCGACGAUAGCGAUGACUGCGAGCAGUGCGCCGGCAUACUGGAGGAACUGGAAAACAUCGACGACGACUGCGACAGACACGGGAUCACGUUCGUCAAGACGCAGGACUUCAAGAUCGCCGAGGAUUACGGGGUCACCGACUUUCCGGUUCUGGUUUACUUCGAGAAUCAAACGCCAAACGUAUUCGAAGGUGACCUUUCGGAGGAGGAGGAGGUGCUGCAGUGGUUGAUCACUCAGAAAACGGAGGACCGUAUCGAAUUGAUAACCAGAGUGAUGCUCGAAGCGUCCGUCGAAGACACUCAGUAUUUGGCCGUUUACUUUUAUAAGCAGAAUUGUCACAUCUGUGACGAGAUUCUCGAAGGACUGGAGAAGAUCGAUGACGAGUGUGACGUAUUUGGUAUACACAUGGUGAAGAUUCAGGAUCCCCAACUGGCCAAACGUUACUCCAUUAAAACGUUCCCUGCUCUCGUCUACUUCCGUAACGGGAAUCCUCUUCUCUUUGAAGGUGACUUACAAAACGAGGAAUCCGUUCUCGAAUGGCUGAUCGACGAUGACAAUCGGGAAUUGGCUGACGAGAUCGAGUCGGUCAAUGACAGAAUGCUGGAAAGACUUCUGGACGAGUCGCCGUUCCUCGCGGUCUUCUUCUACGAUGAGGACUGCCCGGAAUGUGAUGAGAUCAUGGAAGCCCUGGAGAAAAUAGAUGGCGAGGCCGAUCUGUUUGGAAUAGACUUCGUGAAGAUCUUCAGCCCGGAAACCGCUGAGAAGUAUGGUAUACUGAACGUACCGUCGCUGGUGUACUUCCGGAAGAAGACGCCGCUGAUCUACGACGGCGACUUGACACAAGAAGAUAAGAUUCUGCAGUGGCUCACUUCGCAGGAUGUCUUUGAGAUCAAAAAUGAAAUCGAGGAGGUUAACAAGAAGAUGCUGGAUAAACUUCUGGACGAGAACGAAUUCCUAACUGUUUUCUUCUACGAAAACAAUCACAAGGAGAGUGCCGAGGUGAACGAGAGACUGGAAAAUAUCGAUGGCGAAACUGACAACCUGGACAUCACCUUCGUGAAGAUGGCCGAUCCUCGAUAUGCCCGGAAGUGGGGAGUCACCAAACUGCCAGCUAUAGUUUAUUUCCGGAAACGAUUUCCCAGUAUCUACCGAGGUGAUCUUCACAACGAGCAGGACGUCCUGGAGUGGCUACGUAAAAAUCGCUUCCGGCAACCGGAACUAAAUAUUUACAUGUACAUGUUGAUCGCCAUCACAAUCUUGUUCACCAUGUAUACCGGCUUCCUGCUCUCCUGCUUCCGGUCGGAACCCCCUGCUCCGGCACCUCAUCCGAAACAGGCGUGAACCGGAAGUGAGAUGCACGCAUGGACUCGAAAAAGCGUGACCUCUUGUUGCACGGGUGUAUUGACGAUGUUCGAUUAAAGAUUUGUGGACGAUCAGGAUAAUUUGCCCUCGAUUACAAGAAAAAGUUGGGUAGGCUGGGAAUUAUCAUUACCCGAUAGAUACGGAUGAACGAGCGGAUCGGAAAUCCAACGUGGCGCACGGAUGCUCCAUGAGCAGACGGACAUUUUGAAUACAUCCGAAAGGCAAUUAUAAUUCCAGUUAAAUAAAAUGAAAAAGGUUAUGAGAAAAGCUGUAAGAAAAAGUGUCAUGUGGCACUGAUGGAUUAAGCAUGCCACGAGAGCACGUUCGUUCGAUACGAGGCAUCGAUAUAAUCACGAUCGAUCGGGAUAAGGAAAAGGAGCGACCUCUGACUCCAGGUCGAAGGCUCCGAGGUGGAUCGUGUCUAGCCUCCUAAAUCCCAGAAGGCCUGUUGCCAUGACAAAAUGCGACUCGAGGAAGAAAAUAAAUAAAAAAAAUAUGAGUGCGUGAUCGCGAAGAGAAGAAUUAUUGUGGAAAUUCGGAAAAUCAGAGAAAUCCGAAAAGCCAAAUAAACAUGAAAACUUUUCGUCGCGGAAUAUUUGGAUUUUUCUGGUUUACAUUAAUCCCUUUGCGCCAACCUCAUCGCUCACUUUGUAGCACAAUUAAUUAUUUAUCCAUGACAACCCGGUAACGACAUCACAUUGAUAGCCCACAAGUAGACAUAAGGAUGAUUUACCGAUGAGAAUCUCUCACCGUCCCCAGCGUUCCGGAAGAUCCAUUUUCCGAGAAAACAUGUAAAUACCGUUACACGAGCUCACAUUUGUUGACACGUUUGAGAGGAUUAUUUAUGUUAUAUGCUGCCUUAAAGAAUAAAGGAAUGAACCCUUGGACCAAUCCUAA